GCCGGAGACGGCGUCGCUGGCGCCGCUGCGUGUGGUGUGGUGCGAAGCGAGGGUGCCGGGCGGCGGCGGCGGCGGCGCGGCGGGACCAUGGAGCUCGGAGUGCAGCCUCGGCGCCGCUGUCCGCAGCGCGGACCGUUUUAAUUUUGAUUUGCUGUUACUACUGAUAUCUGAGCCAAAGUGGUGAUGCUGCCUGAGGGAAAUUUCUACAACCUUUAAGUCAACACUGACACGGAAUGUGGCAGGUGCUCAGAAAGUAUUUCUUGGAUGCAAGAACAAAGGUAUGAAGAAAGGAGGAAGAAAAGCAAAGGCUGAUUAUACACUGACUGCGUUCUGGCUCUUUAGAUACCUGGCAUCUCCUAUUCUUAAACUUUGUUGGGGACAGUUGGCGUAGUUCUGUGGCACAGAUUGUGAGCCAUGCCUUUAGUGAAGAGGAACAUCGAACCCCGGCAUCUGUGCAGGGGUGCCCUGCCUGAAGGGAUUACCAGUGAACUUGAAUGUGUAACCAAUAGUACCCUUGCUGCUAUCAUACGCCAGCUAAGCAGUCUGAGCAAACAUGCUGAAGACAUAUUUGGUGAGUUGUUUAAUGAGGCGAACAACUUUUACAUCAGAGCAAAUUCUCUUCAAGACAGAAUUGAUCGCCUUGCUGUCAAAGUUACCCAACUGGAUUCAACAGUGGAAGAGGUGUCACUACAGGAUAUCAACAUGAAAAAAGCUUUCAAAAGUUCCACAGUCCAAGACCAGCAAGUGGUUUCGAAGAACAGCAUUCCUAACCCUGUUGCUGACAUCUACAACCAGAGUGAUAAACCACCUCCUCUGAAUAUUCUCACACCCUACAGAGAUGAUAAAAAGGACGGGCUGAAGUUCUAUACUGAUCCUUCCUAUUUCUUUGACCUCUGGAAAGAAAAAAUGCUACAGGACACAGAAGACAAAAGGAAAGAGAAAAGGCGACAAAAGGAGCAAAAGCGUAUAGAUGGCACAACCCGUGAGGUGAAAAAGGUUAGAAAAGCCAGAAACAGGCGCCAGGAGUGGAAUAUGAUGGCGUAUGACAAAGAGCUCAGACCCGACAACAGGUUGUCUCAGAGUGUGUACCAUGGAGCAUCUUCCGAGGGAUCCCUGUCCCCAGAUACUAGGUCUCAUGCAUCGGAUGUCACAGAUUACUCUUAUCCGGCCACUCCCAACCAUUCUCUUCACCCGCAGCCUGUCACCCCUUCCUACACAGCGGGUGACGCGCCCUCACAUGGGCCAGCUAGUCAGGCCCCUGAGCAUGAGUACCGACCUCCCUCUGCCUCAGCGAGGCACAUGGCCCUGAACAGACCUCAGCAGCCGCCCCCGCCACCCCCACCGCAGGCUGCAGAGGGGUCCCAAGCCUCGGCACCCAUGGCUCCAGCAGACUAUGGGAUGCUCCCUGCCCAGAUCAUUGAAUAUUACAACCCCUCAGGACCGCCUCCUCCCCCACCACCCCCCAUGAUCCCUUCAGCACAAACUGCCUUCGUCAGUCCUCUCCAGAUUCCCAUGCAGCCCUCCUUUCCAGCAUCAGCUGGAUCCUCCUACCCUGCGCCUCCUCACCCACCCUCCACUGGGCUGGUGGUCACAGCUCCGCCUCCUCCGGGCCCCCCACCACCCCCACCAGGCCCUCCUGGCGCAGGCAGUUCUCUCUCGUCCUCCCCCAUGCAUGGCCCUCCAGUAGCUGAGGCAAAGAGACAAGAAACUGCACAACCACCCAUAAGCGACGCUCGCAGUGAUCUUCUUGCUGCUAUUCGAAUGGGAAUUCAGCUAAAAAAGGUACAAGAGCAGCGUGAACAAGAGGCCAAGCGCGAGCCAGUGGGGAAUGACGUGGCCACGAUCCUGUCCAGACGCAUUGCUGUGGAGUACAGUGACUCUGAUGACGACUCGGAGUUUGAUGAGAAUGACUGGUCUGACUGAGGUGGUGCACAGGGCAGCAUGGUGACAAGGCUGGUGGCCAGCCAGGAGACUGUGUGUGGGAAGUGUAUUGAAAAUCUUAAGUGUUCUCAACACCCAAAUAGGGGUAUUAUAAUCCUGUAGCUUAGCAACUUUUGUAUUAAUAACGUGAUAUUGCUUUUGCACAUCCAAAAGUUUUGAGUUCUUUAAGCAUUUACUGUGUAAUACUUAAGUGCCACUAAACAUAGGAAAUCGUGCUGCACACGAGGAAUAUGCUGUAACUAUUGCAUUGUCCUGAAAACAGCAUUUUGCUUCCUUUUUCUUGGUUAUGCAAGUGUUUAGUGCAGUUUGGGUUUACUCGUACCUUAUAAUUCUGCAGACUUGCUGUGUGUUUGUGAAGCUGCUUGGUGUUAGGCCUUGGCAAGAUUAAUGACUGUGUGUCAGAGUGACGUCUUCCAAUCAGUAAGUGAUAUCAUUUCAAUUUUUUGUGUGUGGGUUUCAGAAAUUGGUUCUAGAGAGGAAGAUUUAACAAGUAAGGAGAAUCAAACGCUUCUGCUUUCAUUUUCUUCACGUGGUAGACUCCGUGAAUUUGAAUGUUCUGUUGAGUAAUGUCAUUGACUUUGCACGCUCUUAUAAAAUGUGAAAUUGGAAAGGCCCUUUCCAGGCAGGACUCCCAGUGGGCGUUCAUUAAGUCAUUGCUUGUUGAUGAUUUCUCUAAGAGGUAAACAGCUCAGCGGUAAUGAAAAUGAGGAACAGGGUCCUUUCCCCUUCAGCUUGAGCACCAGACCCGCAGAGCAGUCAUCAGUGGUCUAGGAGCUGCGGGCGGAGCUGCUGGGUGUGGGCUCUGGAUGCGAAGGAGACCUCCCUUCCCGGGAGACCUCCCUUCGCGGGAGCCCUGUCCUAAGUAAGGCCAGUUGGAGUUCUUAGCUCCCUGCGUGCUCCAGAUGGCACCUCGCUCCACAUGGUCUGAACUCUAAGCCUAGGUGUAGGUGAAUGUAGACGUUGCCAGCUCUUUUAGAUUAGGGAUCCAUCUCAGGAGUGGGGCCUUUGCUCUGUCCUAGAAGCACACGGUUCUCUUUUCUCAGACUGUUGUCAGCACAUUACAUUUUAACAAGUACCUCAGAUUAGAUUAGACCUGUAGCUGUAGCAGAUUGUGUUCCUUUCACCUUUGCUCUUCCCACUACUCUUCCCACAUGGUAAUGUGGAGACCUGUGGGGUUCAUAUUCCUGGUGAAGGCAAAUGUGAGGAAACUCAAAAAUGAGAGCUUAUAUUUUGUAAUUUUGGAUGAAGGAUAACUGCUUGUCUAGAAUAAACAACACCCCCAGGCUUUGAUUAUAAAUAGGACUGCACAAAUACACUAAGAUGCUUUAUUUACUAAUGAGUUCUUACCUAGGCCCAGCAUUUGAAACAGAUGGCAGGUACCAGUGACACUCCGUCAUGAUGAAGGAAUCUUUAGCUAAAAACAAGAGUUGUUUGGGUUGGUUUGGGUUGAUGGUAGGAAUGUAAAGUAUAAACAGGACUGUAACUGUAGAGUUGCGUUAAUGAGUUCCCCUGAGGAAAUGAACCACCCCCCUUUCCCCAGCAUGUCUGUGUGUCCCUGAGUGGACCCUGGCUUGGCUUGUAUGUGGCCAUCGUAUAAAGCCUGUGUGUUGGGUUUUAGUCCAUAGGUUUUGAAACUCUGAGAAGCCUCAUGUCUGCAUCUCCUUUCCAAGGCCAUGAUUAUACCAGGUCAUUGCGCCUCUUCAGCCAUACUGGCCGUUCAGGCACAUGCUUCUGGAGUUUCCGUUUCUUGGAGCUAGUCACCACUUGGUUAUCACCAUAAUUUUGUUCAAUAUAUUAAGUAAUAGUUAUUAAUGAACCUUUAAAUUUCUCUCCUUUUUUUUUAAUGUAGAGGUCUACUCUGUUGGCAUUAUUCUUGGGGUUUUAUAAUUUUUAGUCUUAUUUUUGUCUUUAUAUAACAGUAUUUUGCCUUUAUUACAGUAUUUUGUCUUUUUGUUACUUUUGGAUUAGGAGUUACCUGCAAUUCUAGAACUCCUAUUUGGUGAUGCUUCUUUGUUUUCAUGUCCCUUCUGUUCUCAGGAUGGAGAGAACACGUAAAGCUACUAUCUAUGUCAGCUUUCUUCUGUUUAUAUCUUAUUACCAUAAAAUCAGUGGCACUUUAUUCAUAAGCCUAUUAUUUAAUAGUUUUCUUCCUCUAAUUAAAUCAACAAGUUAUUUUUCAACUUGAUUUUCUGACUAGUGAAAAACUUUGUGCCCUGAGGUGUUAUCUAGCAUCUAAAAUAAUAGAAAAGGACUGAAAUUCAAUUCUGAUUAUUUUUUGCAGUAUUUUUCUCAGCAAAUCUGAUUGAUUCUAAAAUUUAAAUUCAGACUUUUUCUAAUACGGUAUUACAUGAAAAGAAAAAAGUGAUUAUUUUGAAUGUUCAGCUUUCAUUUUCAAAAAGUAUUUACCAAAACAGAGAAAAAGCAUUUAAAAGCAUAUAUCAUAUCUGUGAAUUUUACAUUUUAAAGUAGUUAUAUAUUAUUGUAAAAUUACUCUAAAUUGUCUCUAGUCUUUUCUCCCCCUGUGUAUUUUACUUUAAUUUCUUACAAGCUUGCUUUCAUAUUAUAGAUUAGGCUGAGGGGAUGAAAUUACUCAGUAUCACACAUUAGCAACACUAACAUGAUAUGGUUGAUUUUCUUCUGUUCUCCCUAAACCAAACCAUAAGAUUUGGUUCCCUUACAUUUUUCUUUAGUGAAAGUAUAGUGUUAGAGAAUUAACAUUUUUCUUUCAGUGACUUUUUAGAAUAUCAAAAUCUUUCUGAGUACCAAAUGGCUAGGUUGUGAAAGUUUUGUAAUAAUUUGCAACUGAAAUACAUGAUACAUUUUAAUCCGUUAAAGACUGGUGGGGAUGUAUCAGCCAGAGUAGCAAGUGCUUUUUGUUUUCUAAAUCAGAGUAUCUGUCAUCCUGCAGUAAUACCAAUGCUGAUAUAAAUUGAACUUAAAGUGGUAUUAAAAAAAAAACCUCCUGUUAAACAAUUUUUAUCUGUUUGUAUAUCUUACUAUAGAUUAUGUAUAAGUAACAUCUAAAUAAAAUUACACUUUUAACCCUAAAAGGCUUGGCAUAUU